AUGCGCACCCUUCCUAAAUCUAUAGAACGCCCUGAUUGGGCCGAGGCCGGCAUACCGGUGCGUGAGAACCGUCUCAAUAGGUUGAAGAUUGAUAUCCUGGACACCAAGGGACAGGAAGCGAUGAGAAAGGUUUGCAGAAUGGCUCGGGAAGUUCUGGAUAUCACUGCCGCAGAGCUCAAGCCAGGCAUCACCACAGAUUACCUCGACGAGGCUUAUCCGUCACCCUUGAACUACAAUCAUUUCCCCAAAUCAUUGUGCACUUCGCCAAACGAAGUCAUCUGUCAUGGGAUACCUGAUCAACGAGUCCUUCUCGAUGGCGAUAUCCUCAACCUUGACAUCUCUUUGUAUCACGGGGGCUACCACGCCGAUCUGAACGAGACAUACUACAUUGGCGACAGAGCAAAAGCCAACCCAGACGCAGUCCGCGUAGUUGAAACAACACGGGAAUGCUUAGAUAAGGCGAUCGAAAUCGUGAAGCCUGGUACUCCCAUACGGGAUUUCGGCAAAGUCAUCGAGAAGCAUGCCCGGUCCAGGAACUGCAAUGUUGUCGCUACUUGGGGAGGCCAUGGUAUCAAUACUGAAUUCCACCCACCGCCAUGGAUACCGCACUAUGCCAAGAACAAGGCCGUUGGGAUAUGCAAACCUGGUAUGACUUUCACAAUCGAGCCGAUACUCACGCUUGGGAAACCUCGUGAGAUUUACUGGCCCGAUGACUGGACAAAUGCCACUGUUGAUGGCAAGUGGGCCGCUCAGUUCGAGACCGGCGUCGAGGUCCUAACUGCGGGCAACGCGAACUCGCCCGGAGGACCUGUCACAGUCCCAGUGGCGUCGAGUGGGACCGCAGAACCCAAUGUCGCAACUGCCACAUAG